ACAAGUCGCGCCAAUGGCACAGUCAAUGUAUUAUAUGUGCUCAUUUGUACUUACAUAAAUCAUUAAUUUGUUUAAUUUGUUUAUUAUAUGUGUAUUGAAGUUUUAAAAAAUUAAAAAAUUUACUUGAAUUUCCUAUUUAAUUAAUUUUUGUCAAUUUCAUAGCGAAAAAUUAAUUAUAUUAUCAAAGAUGUGAUGAAUAUAUUAUGAACUGUGAUCAGUUAACAGUAAUAUUUUAUUUGUGAGAUAUAAAACUUGGUUGCGCACGAUUAAUUAUUCUUUAUGAUUUAUUCUUGAAUCUAUAGUAAUAAGAAACUUAAAAUAUAAAAUAUUUAUGAUGUCUCAAGGAAAAGCUGGUAGAAGAACUCGUGGUCAUCAUUGUAAUAAAAACAAAGUCAAUGUUGGAGAUAAAGGAAGAGAAAUUUUGGAAAGUAUAGAUGAGAAUAAUUUGGUUAUACAACAGUUUCGAAUAUAUUCCAAUGAAUUAGAUACAAAACAUGAUAAAUUUGAGAAACUUGUUAAACUUAGUCGAGAUAUUACAAUAGAAAGUAAAAGAAUAAUAUUCCUUUUGCAUACCCUUGACAAAGAAAGUAAACGAGACUCCGUACUUGGAGAAGCUAAGCAAAGACUCGAUAAUAUGGGGAAAACUCUCUUUAAAAGCAUUGCGUAUGAGUUAGAUGGUCAAGAUAUUUAUCAAUAUCUUAAAGCUUAUAGAGUUGGACUUGAAGAAUAUAUAGAAGCAGUUACAUUCUUUCAAUAUUUACAAUCUGGUUCUAUGCAAGACUGGAUUGAGUUAGAAAAGUCAUUGAUUUAUCCCGAUUCAAAUAAAUCUAAAUCCACUUUACAGAAUUGUGAGUUGCCGACAAAAAUGACACGAAUAGUAAUCACUCCGAACGAAUAUAUCAUGGGUAUAGCAGAUUUGACCGGAGAACUUAUGCGAAAAUGCAUUAAUAAUUUAGCAACAGGAGAUAUAGCCAGUUGUUAUCAAAUUUGUAAUUUUGUUAGAAAUAUGCAUAAGGGAUUUCUAGGAUGUACAAGUAUUUUUAAUAAAGAUAUGAGUAAAAAGCUUUAUACGUUAAAACAAAGUUUAACUAAAAUGGAAAAUGUAUGCUAUACAAUAAAAGUAAGAGGAUCUGAAAUACCUAAACAUAUGUUGGCAGAUGUUGCCAUUGGAGCUACAGAGGAUUAUAUGGGUGAUGAAGAUGAAGGAUAUCAGGUCUAAUGAAAACUAAUAAAAAAGUAAUGUAACUACAAAUAAUUACACACACACACACACACACGUUUAAAUAAUAAUAAUAAUAAUAACGAUAACUAUGUAAUAUUUUAUAUCUAUAUUUACAUAAAAUAAACA